AUGAUUUCAGAAUAUUGCUGCUUCCUCCAAAAUCGCGAUGAAAAUGUCGCUGCUCUGGAUACCACCGACCCAGAAGAAAGGUUUGCCUUGAAAAAUUCAGAACUUGAGAAGUUCAACCUCCUCAAAGACGAGGGGCAGAAUAUACAGGAAGAAUUCUGGAAUUUGAUUGUACAGGAGAAGCUUUUCUACUCCAAAACCAGCGAGGACCCGUUCUAUCAAGAGUUUCCGAAUACAUCCACAUAUGAAAGCUCGCUGCAGGCUCUGACGGAGUACUACGAAAGUAAUGGGUUCUCCAGGAGACUUACUACUGUCAAGUCGAUCCUUGACUCUAUGAAGCCAUUCACACAAGCAAUUUCAACAAUGGUCCAAUCUUCAAUGGUUGCUAGCCUCGUCUGGGGUAGUCUUCAGAUAGUAUUACAGAAUGUCAUGAGGCUCGCUAGUAAGUUUGAGGACACAAGUAGAAUGCUCCGCGAUCUAUCCAGGUCGCUCCCCAGGUUCCACGCAUAUGUUGAGAUUCUACACACGCCGAAUCUCCACAGAGCCCUUCGAGAAGUCUACGAGGUUUAUAUGGACUUUUCAUUUGCCGUGAUCAAAUUUUUGCGGUCGAACAAAUGCUAUGCUGUCGUCCACUCCCAGUGGUCUGAAGUAGGCAAAAAAUUCGACCAGACACGCGAGCGUUUGGAUGCUUCACGGGCCAACUUUGAGGAUGAAGUGCGUUUAGCGAAUGUCCAGGUGCAGGCUGCGAGACAUCGUGAGGUUGUCAUGAGAUUCGGCUCGUUAUCUCCCACAACAACUCACCAUGACCCCAUAUCAACCGUAAACGCCGCUCGUAACGUGAUGUUUACAGGAAGAGAAGACGUUCUGUCACAACUCCACUCGCUACUACAGCCGCCUUUUGAAGAGUCAGAUGUUGAUCAAGGAUCCCGCAGGGCAUGCGUUAUUCAUGGAAUUGGGGGGAUGGGUAAAACGGAAACUGCACUGGAGUAUACUUAUAAAUACCGAAGUUGCUAUUCCCAUAUAUUCUGGCUCCAUGCGCAGGCAAAUGCCACCCUGUUGGAAUCGCUCCUGGCUUUGGUCAAGACUCUUGGUCUUGGUCAAGAAGUGGCUAAUGUUGAUCAAAAGGUUCGCGCGGGUUUAGAUUGGCUUCAAUCAACAACCGACCCGUGGCUAUUAGUGUUCGACAAUGCCGAGGAUGCUUCUAUGAUAGGGAAAUUCUGGCCGAGUGGUGUUCGAGGAGCGAUCAUACUCACCUCCCAGAAUCCGGAUUUCAUCCAAAUGACAGGUAACGAAAUCCUCCUGCAACCAAUGUCACCCAAGGAGGGUUGCACACUGAUUCAACGUUAUUUGCGGCGCGGUGGCUCAGAGCAAGAAGCAUCCGAAGGUCUCUCCGCGAGCCUCGGAGGUUUUCCAUUGGCCAUUUCUCACUUUGCAGGCUAUGUAGCCAGGUCUCAAUGCUCGAUCGAUCAGAUUUCUCACAGUCUAAAAGACCGUUUUCACUCGAGUCAAAUCUGGACUGUCGAGAAUGUUGCAUCUACAAGUGCAUAUCAGCAUACUUUGGCCACGGUAUGGGAUUUGGCGUGGCUAAGGCUAUCCAGCGACUCUAAAGAACUUUUGUAUCAAGUUGCAUUUCUCAAUCCAGACGGCAUACCACAGGACUUAUUCAUAGGAAACGACAAUGACUCCACGCCACAGCAUUGGGAUAUACACCGGUUCAAUGAGGCGGUGAGGAUACUUCGAGAGAGACAUCUGAUUGAGCGAGACGAAACUCCCAUUGGACUAAGUCUUAGAACCCAUCGUGCAUUGCAGCGCAGCAUCUUGCACAAACUCGACAGAGACAUCGAUACCCGACAACUCGUCUUCACCGAAGUCGUUAAAAUAGUGCGAAACCCAUUCCCCCGUCUGGACCCAGCAAAAAGAGGAGACCCAAGCAAGUGGGCAAUAUACGAAAAGUAUCUGCCGCAAGUCAUCAGCCUCGAGGAGGCUUUCGCCCAGUCAAACCCCAAGAUAAGCGACAAUCUCGAGUUUACAACCAUUCUCCGUGAUGCUGGAUCUUAUCUCAUGAAUAACGGUUACCAACCGGAUGCUGUAUCGCUACUAGAGACCGCGGUGGCUACCUGCAACUCGCUCCUCGAAACGGAGCCUCUUGCAGCCGGAAACGUGCUCGAUGGCUGCUUAAGUAACCUUCAAGUUUAUAAUCAGUUCAUGGGAAUUGCAGGCAGGAGAAAUGCACUAAAAUUGACUGCCAGAGAGCUAGAGUUGCGAAGCGCACAGGUUGAUGGACUUCCCAGGGAUCAAUACACCGAAACAGACGUCAUCAAGUUCGGCCGGGUUUUUGUUGACAAAGGCUGCGCUCAUUCACAAAUGGAGCUAUUGGAAGAAGCUGGUGAGUUGUUCGACAAGGCAUUAGAAUGGUACGAACAAGCCGGUGGUGAAAAGGCUCUCCCAGCUCGAACGGCACAACUAUACGCUUGCCAGUUGUGGGUAGUCGCACCCACACAGAACAAAACCAAGGCGCAAGAAUUGACACAGCGGUCCUUAAAACUGGCUUCCGACUCGGUGGGCCUCGAAAAUCCUCUCACACUCGCGGCUAUGUUUUCCGCAGCGAUGGCAGCUUUCACUAUUGGUGGUAUUGCGGAGGCAUUACAGCUGCACAAGAAAGUGCACGAAGCGCGCAUCCAUCUACGAGGGCCAGCUCACCACGACAGUCUCGCAAGCCAAUACCAAGUAGCAGUCUGCUAUCAGAACUCAAAUGACCUUGAAAGCGCCGAACAUAACCUAAGGCAAAUUCUGGAGCUAAGUUGCAUCACGCUCCAAUGGCGGGAGGAAGACCUGGCGAGGACAAGAUUCAGACUUGCGGUUGUGCUCCGCGCGCAAGGGAGACCAUCAGAGGCUUCGCGCUUGUGCGGACAGGCGAAAGACGAGCGCAAGAAGUGGGAAUCUGAGAUGGUGGACAUGAUAGGGCAAAGAGAGUUUACGGACAGGGAUGAUAUGGAGUUGUUUGAUUUUGGAGUAACGUUGUGGCAUGGACGGACGACUGGGAAAUGGAGUGAUGGGACACACUGGUGA